AUGCACGCGGAGCGGACGAACAAGCACAAGGCGGACGCGCCAGUGGCGGAGGGCGCGGUGCCGGCGUACCUGCUGGAGAGGGAGGCGACGGCGCGUGCCAAGGUGCUGAGCAACACCAUCAAGCAGAAGCGCAAGGAGAAGGCCGGCAAGUGGGACGUGCCUCUGCCCAAGGUUCGGCCGAUAGCAGAAGAUGAGAUGUUCAAAGUGGUCAGAUCAGGGAAGAGGAAAACCAAGCAGUGGAAGAGGCUAGUGACUAAAGUCACCUUUGUGGGCCCAGGGUUCACUCGUAAGCCACCCAAGUAUGAGCGCUUCAUCCGCCCCAUGGCUCUGCGUUUCACCAAGGCGCAUGUGACCCACCCAGAGCUCAAGUGCACGUUCCAUUUGGACAUCAUCAGUGUGAAAAAGAACCCCAACGGCCCCAUGUACUCGUCCAUGGGGGUCAUCACCAAGGGAACCAUCAUUGAGUCCGCCGCAGCAAGGUAUGGUUUCCCCCCCAAGCGCGCGUUGGCGGCGUGUCAGAGCUUCCGCACGACGCGGCACGCGGACAGCAGCGUGCGGCAUCACGAGCAGCCAGCGAAUCAGGCGCUCAUGCUCGAUCGCCUCGGCGACGACCCGCUGGCUGCUGCGAGCGGGCAAGUCGUCGUCGGCAGCGACCGACGGUACCGCGUGGUGUACAGGCUGGUGAACAGCAUCUACGUGCUGGGGCUCAUGCUGGCGGACGACGAUGAGACGUCGCUCAACGUCUACAGCUGCAUCAGCACCGUCAACCAGGCCUGUGCUGGUGGCGGCGUGCAGGGCGUGGAUGUCACACCGGAGAAGAUAUUCCGCAAGUACACUGAGGUCUACAUGGCGUUCUUCUACGUGCUACAGGGCACGGAGCUGGCGCGCCUUUCUGCGGUGCUCUCGUACGUGGCGGGCGACGGUCGCACAUUCGAGCUACCAGAGGAGGCCAUAGCAGCGGGCGACGAGACAAUGGAGGCGUUCGCCCCGGUCGCCUCCCAGCCCUGCCUCUCGAAGCCCCCCCCCGCGCCCCCCACGCCCUCUCCGCGCCCCUCCGCGGCCCUCGGACCUCCCUGGCGGCGCUGGCGCUGCUGGGCUCCGCGGAUGACCCCUUUGCCGCCAGUGACAGCCUGCUGGGAGGCGGGGGGGGACGAGCUCGCGCUGCUGGACGCGGGUCCUGGGGGAGCGGGCGGGGCUGUCCUCCGCGCCCCCCCCUCCGCGCUGGACCCCUUCGCGUCAGACAGCAUGGCGGACGCGUUUGGGGCGGACCUGGAGGCGGAGGGGCUGGGGGGCUCGCCGCGCUGGGGGACGACGAGGGGGACGACGCCUGGGGACGGCCUUCGGGGGGGAGCGCGCUGCUGGGGGGGGAUGGGGACGCGUGGGGGGGAGGGCGGACGCAGCAGAGUUUGGGGUGGAGCAGGGGGAGGAGGACGCGUUUGGGCUGGGCGGCGGGGGGACCUGGGCGCGGCGCUGGGGGGGGGAGAUGGGGCGGCAGGGGGCGGUCAGCGGUGGCGGCUGCACGGCAGCUGGAGUGUCAACCCCAGCAGCCAGCACGCCGCCAGCAGCAGCAACACGGCCACGCCCAGCGGGCCCCACACAGCCCACGUUCCGCGUGGAGGAGCGCAUCAGUGCGGACUCUUCCUCGGGUCCUCGCUCACGCGCGUGCGCCUCUCCGGCACCGUCUUCCUCGCCCCUCCCAACGCCCAAGGCCGCAGCGCCGCUGCAGGGGGGGCGAUGGGGGGUGGCGGUGGCGCUAUUGGUGGGGGAGGCGGGGGGGGCAGUGGGGCGGGGGUGGGUGGAGGAGCGGAGAAGGACGGGAGUGUGGCGGACGAGUUCUCCUUCCGAUUGGAGGGCUCUGGCGCCAUCAAGGUGCGUGCCCUGCCUGCUCUGUUGUGCAGGAACCCUUGCCUCUCCUCUCCUCCCCCCACUGCAUUCCCUCACAUGCUCCCCCUCCCGUCCACACGCCCCUCUGCUGUCCCUCUCCUCCGCUUCUUGUCCAUCCACCCCCUCCCCCACCCUCUCCCCCCCCCUUCCUCCCAGCGCUGCACCAUGCGCCCAGGCAUAUGUUGCUCUAUUCAACGUUUUCUUGUGCUUUGCCUGCCAUCGCUGCCUGCCAGGUUCGUGACACGGAGGAGUGAUGAAGCGCUCUCACUCAUGAUCCAGUACGUGGCGAACCCGUACCUGCAAGCACCGCUGAUGAAUGUCACCUUCAUCCUCUCCCUCGCCUUCUCCCCUGCCUCUCUCCGCCUCAACCCAGAGGCACAGCUUGACCCAUGGACUAAGGAGCUGAGGUGGCAUGUCCCACAAAUCAAUGUAUGUGCCAUCACCCACAUCAAUGCUCCCAACCACUCUUCCUGA